CCUUAUUUGCUCCCCUUCUUUUGAAAAAGUUCUCGAACAAAAAAGAAGGAAAAACGCCUUUUCUUUCAUAUUUGUUCUUGUAGUUUAUACCAUAUCAUCCUGUAUAUUACGUACCAAACGCUUCCAAUGGUUGAUUACAAUACUCAUUACAACAGCUUCGUUUCCAUGGAAGAGACAAUUGAGAUGACAUCGCCUCAGUCGACUAAAAGAUUACUGAAUGAUUAUCUUCAAUUUGACAUGUUGCAAGUCGCUAAACAGCAGCAGUCAACACAAAGUGAAGAGAAGGCUUCACAGCUAACCAUUCUUAAAAAUUCACAACAGCAUAGCAUCUUCCAUCCAGCAACCUUAUCUUUAUUGCAGCGCAAUAAUCCCCAUACAAUGUCAACUCUGUGGGAUGGUACUUUCUUAUCGUUGGAGGAUGAAAUUGGAACUGGUACGGGAGCAAUAGAAGAGACACCGGCAACUCCCUCUUCUAGUGGUAUAGUCAUUGAGCUAAAUACAUUUAGUGACCUACAGGCCGUUUUAAAAGGAUGCGGAACACUUGUACAGCCUCCUUACUCUACUACAUCGUUGAACAGUGCCUUUCAAAAAACGAACGAUGGACAUGCUUGGCUCACCACAGAAGAAGAUUUGAUUCAUCUCUCAAGCUCGGAACUUAGCAAAAAUAUUCCACCGGCAAUACGCCACAACUUGGAAAGCUCCCAACUCAUGGAUGUUCUCAUGCUUCGUGCUGUGGAACAUUGGUGCUGCAUUGGGUUCAAAGUCGCUCCGAUAAGUGUGGACCUUGUCAAAAAUUGGCGAAGAGCACCUAAAUCCAUUGUUUAUUGUAUAGCAUCUAUCAGUUUGGUGACGCUUAUGGAUAAGGGUCAUAAAAAGCAACAUGAUCAAAAACGACGGCAGCAGCUACCCAAUGGCAACGACUGUAGCAGCCAUAGUGCGGAUGAUAUGUAUUCAAGGCAAGUAGCCAUGGCAUUCUACGAACAAGCUCGAAAUAAGUUUAAUGAUAUUGUCUUUGACGAUAUGCAACCAUUCAUCAUUCAGUCUUACUUUUGUCUCAGCUAUACGUCCAACUUGCUACGAUUAUAUGAACAACAGAGAACGUGGGGAAGUCUAGCCUCCAUUGCUUUGCAGCAAGUCACAUCAAGCAAGAUGAGUGCAGCAAAACCUAUCGAUGAACUGACCCUCGGAUGCUGGUUUCGAUGGUACUAUAUUGACGCUUGGAUGUGUCUCACACUAAACCGAGAAUGCCUCUUACCCGAUCAAGUGCCUUGGUCGACACCAGAAGAAAUAGAACGUCUAUCUGUUAUUCCUUCAGAUCAACAGAACCUCUAUGCAUUCGCCAAUCUUACUAUCUACAUGCGUCGCUACAUUCGUGCACUGCAUUCUGGCAAGCUAUUUGCGAGUUACCAACAAAAGUCCCAACCUUCCGCCUACUACUAUCGCAUCACUAGUGAGCUCACGCACUGGUACUCACAACUACCACCCUAUCAUUCCAUAAGCGAGCUUCACCUCCAUCUUUGUUACCAUUCGAUGCGUGUCGUCAUACUUUAUCAAUUCAUGACUGCAUUGACGCCUCCACCUGAAGACAUCGUUAUCGACUGUCUUCAUACAAAUUUGGAGCUCUUACAAGCUUUACAGCAUCUCAAAGAAUUAGGCUGCGAUCAAAGCACGUACCACCAUGUGUUUUUUGCUAUCCAUAACACAGCCAAGCGUAUCUUUAAAUACGACCACUCACCUUCCAUUGAGCGGCUCAAGCCUUAUGCAAAAGAACAGUUGCAAAUUAAUUUAAUGCUGUUGAAGAGUACGCCCGCUUAUGCACAUGAUGUAUUCAAAAUCAAACUCUACGCACAAAAAAUUCAAGACCAAUUUUCAAAACUGGAUAUCCACAUACCAUUGAAUACAAUCACCUCCACCAGUCUAGGAGAAGAUGCAAAUGUGAAAUCAAAUAUGUUUGUGUUCAGAUUCGAUAAAUGUUCGCGAAAGCGUGGAGCCACAGAUUUUUCCAAGCAGUUGUUGCUCCCGCCAUCAUCGAGGGUAAUACCCUCACCAUUUUUACCGGAAGCUGAUACAAAUAGUACAUUUGAGACAAUGUUAUCCCUGAGAACGAUGCGACAGAACGACGAUAGUAAGUCGGGGCCUCUAUUUGUUGUGUUCAAGCAUGAACAAUUACGAGCGAAACGUUUAAAAAGAUCUUUGACAAAAAAGAAAAAUGCCACUCAUAAGAAGAGAUCGUAAAAGAUACUUCUAAACAAUCAACGAAGGCUGUACUGAUUGUUUCUGUUUUUGUGGGAGUAGGAAGUCCUUAUUCUUGAACACAUAUAUAUAUACGUUCAUUCGUCUGCUGGUUACAGAUAAACAAUUAAAAUGUUUUUGAUAGUGUAUUAUUGAAGGGUUUCUAUAAGGCUGAUUCUAUUUUUUGAGUUACAAGAUUUAUUUAUUAUAUCGAUAUUUGUUGUAGAUCAAAGUACAGUCCAGCUGGUCUGGUUAUAGCACUUUAUAAUCUAGCGUCUGGAAUGAAUUAAAAGCCAC